AUGAGUGCAGAUGUUGAAAUGCGCAGUGAAGAGUUCGAUACCAAUCAAGAGGAAGUUGAUGAGAGGGCAGAGAAGCAAGCAGCAGGUGUGUUCUCCAAGGGGAGAAAUGCAGUAGCCCAGGCAGCAGUUGCCGAUUCUGAAAUCCAGCAGGAAGAGGAGCCCCAGGGAGCUCAGCACCUAGCAGGGCCAGAUGUGUAUCCUUACCACCCCAAAAUAUUCAUGGGGCUCAAGAAAAACAGGAGAAAGUAUGACCGGAAAGGCAGGCUGAUCUGUAAUGGUAUCGAACUGUGUGACUGCCUGCAGGUUGAUUGUGCCGGCUGUUUCCACCCAUGCCCCAGGUGCAACUCCAGGAAAUGUGGAGUCAAGUGCCACCAGAAUCUCAAUGAAGUCUUGGUGGAGGACUCAACAGCCUGUUUCUAUAAAGCUUUGGCCAAACUCCAAGAAAUCUGGGACUCAAUCGGGAUUCCAGAGGAUCAGAGGCUUCAACGUGUCCAAAGCCUCCUGGAUAUGAUGAUUGCAGAGGAAAGCCUGAAGGAAAGGCUCCUAAAAAGAAUUGAUUCUUAUCGAAAAGAGCAGGACACUCUGAUCAAAGAGUUAAAAUUGGAACCAUUUCUGGAAAGAAAGGAGACUACCAUCUUGGAGCUAAAGAACGAUCUUCAAACACAGAUAGAAGAAUUGAAAAGACAGAAAGAAGAAAGGGUACAAGAACAGAAACUACUUCAAGAACAAGAGCACAAAUUGUGUCAGAUUCUUUGUGUGCUCCCAUACAGCCUUGACAAUGACUCGGUACUCAGCAUAGAGGAGCUGAACCAGUUCAGAAAUCACCUGGCAGCUCUGGAGGAAACAAAGGUGACGGAAGAAUUUGUUAGCGCAAAGAAGCAGAUCCUACUCUGUAUGGAAGAUCUGGAUCACACUCCAGAAACGGAUUUUGAGAGAGAUGUGGUAUAUAGGGAUGACGAGACUUUUUUUCUGUCACUGGAGAACAUAACAGCCCUAAAGAAUCUGCUUUCACAGCUAGAAAAGGAAAAAGCUGAGAAUGAAGUUGUGUGUAAAGGGCUACACUGUCGAAUCAGGGAACUUUGGCUCUGGUUACAAAUACCUACCCGGGAGAGAGAAGCUCUGGCCAUGUCCAUCACUGGGCCAAAGGCCAUGAUCAGAAAAGUGCUACAGUUAGAAGUGGAUCGGUUGGAGGAUUUGAGGAUUCAGAACUUGAAGAAAAUGAUUGAAGCAAUCAGGGUGGAGCUGGCACUAUAUUGGGAAAAAUGUUUUUACAGCCAACAGCAAAAAGAAGCCUUUACACAUUACUAUAACGAGAACUACACAGAGAUCUUGCUAAGGCUCCAUGAUGAAGAAAUUGUGAAGGUGAAACAAUAUUAUGAGCUGCACAAAGAACUAUUUGAAGGCAUUCAGAAGUGGGAAAAGAACUGGAGGCUUUUCUUGGAAUUUGAGAGAAAAGCUUCAGAUCCAAGCCGAUUUAGGAACCGUGGUGGAAAUCUCUUAAAAGAAGAAAAGCAUGGAGCCAAGCUACAAAAAACACUCUUUAAGCUGGAAGAGGAGUUGAAAACGCGGAUUGAAAUGUGGGAAAAAGAACAUUCUGAGACUUUUGUGGUGAAUGGCCAGAAAUUCACAGAAUAUAUGAUGGAACAGUGGAAGAUGUUUCAUUUGAACAAAGAGAAAGAAAAGCAGGAACGACAACUAAAGAAGAACCAAGAAACGGGAGCAGAGAUGUCAUAUAGCAGCAGAUCCAAAAUACCCUUCAAGAAGGAAGGACUCAGGCCUAAUUCAUCAGGCAAAGGCUACAAGAAUCCUGGGAAUCUUGGAGGCAGAGAUAAGAAGACAGAGAAUCCGAGGCAUGGAAGACAACCAAAGAAAAUGGGCAGAAGUGAGACAUGGAGUUUCUUGUUUGUGAAUAGCAAGGAGGCCAAUGUUACUGAAUGAGGUAUUGCUGGGAGUGGGGGAUGAGGACAAAGGCUUUAAGAAGACUGGAAAGGGGAGGCAGAUUAUUGAGACCUUUGAACACCAAAGGAUUUUAUAUGUGAUCCUGGAAGUAACAUUGAGAGUGUUUUUGGUGAGGGAGGGUAAAAGGAGGACUGACUAGUCCUGUACUUUUGGAAAAUUGCCUUGUAGGCCAAGUGGAGAAUGGA